CCGGUCGGGCGGGGUUUUGGAACGCGGAGAGAUUUUUCUUGUGUAUGUUUGUCUGUGCACUGGUCGAAUAGCUGGGAGGUUUGGGAGAUGAACACAAAAGUCUGGACUCCGCAUGCGUUCGUUGCACCGCGAUAUCCUCAGAUUCAAGGCGAAUAUAGCUUACGGGUUUCUCAAAACCGCCAACGUUGCGGCCUUUACUUUCGGUCAGGAAACCGCCUCCGCCGGCAUAGGGAUGCCAGCCGUCCUCGUAAGCGGUUAUGUUAUUCCGAUGACCAACCUCAAGAAACCACCGGAGUUCAGCUCUACAGUGAGAUUGAAAGAUUAAUUACGGAAACUGCAAAGCAAUCCCAAGAUGGUUGGGGUGCUUCUGGAGAUUGGAGUGAAAUUGAGGGAGCAUGGGUGCUAAAACCAAGAAACUCAAAGCCAACAUCAGUUGUUCAUUUUGUUGGUGGUAUUUUUGUUGGGGCGGCUCCUCAGCUCACAUAUCGUUUAUUUCUUGAGAGGCUUUCAGAAAAGGGUGUAUUGGUGGUUGCCACACCUUAUGCUAGUGGAUUCGACCACUUCCUCAUUGCAGAUGAAGCACAGUUCAAAUUUGAUAGGUGUAUUCGGUUUCUACAAGGGACCGUAAGUGACGUCCCCAUUUUCAGCAUUGGCCAUUCUUUGGGAUCUGUCAUCCAUCUUCUGAUUGGGUCAAGAUAUGCCAUUCAACGAAGUGGGAAUAUAUUAAUGGCAUUUAAUAACAAGGAGGCGAGCCUAGCAAUCCCAUUGUUCUCACCUGUUAUUGUCCCAAUGGCCCAAAGCUUUGGUCCGGUUUUCUCCCAGCUCAUAUCAUCUCCAACAAUCCGCCUUGGGGCAGAAAUGGCUCUGAAGCAAUUAGAGAACCUCAGCCCUCCAAUUAUGAAACAAGUACUUCCUUUGGUUGAACAACUCCCUCCUUUGUACAUGGAUUUAGUUAAAGGGAGAGAAGAUUUCACCCCAAAACCAGAAGAGACUCGAAGAUUGAUAAGGUCUUACUAUGGUGUUUCGAGGAAUCUUCUGAUUAAAUUCAAAGAUGAUACAAUCGAUGAAACUUCAACAUUAGCACAGGUGCUGACCUGUGAUUCUGCCAUUAGUUCACUACUUGAUAUCUCAAUCCGUUUGUUACCUGGAGAUCAUGGGCUUCCACUGCAACAGGUUCUACCAGAUGUCCCCCCAGCGAUGGCAGAUGCAGUAAAUCGUGGAGGUGAGCUGCUGGCAAAUCUAACUGUGGGAACGCCAUGGGAGACAGUUGCCAAAGAAGUAGGGAACACACUUGGCAUUGAUUCAAGGAUCUUACGGGCAGAGAUUUCAAAGGACAUAGAUUUGCUUGUGGAUGUAAUCACAUCUUGGAUGGCAUCAAACUCAGGUCCAAGACUUCUGAAGCCAUGAAAAGUGAAGUAGAAGGCCAGAAGCCAAGUCUGCCAAAGGUGGGGGAGAGAAUCUCUCUGCAUAAAACAUUCUGACGAUACCAUUCAUAUAUCUCUAUACAUAUAUGGAACUUUCAUUUUCUACCCCGUGA